AUGGCUGCGAUUAUACAACCAUUUGGAUAUAUUGACUGGGAUAAUAUCUGGAGCAUUGCUACUCUUGCGAUUGGCUAUGGAGCCUACCAAAAGCACACUGAGGGCAAAUUGGACCGGCAGCUCGCUGGGUCCGUCGCCGCUGGGAUUGGCGCUUUCGUGGUUGCAGAUUAUUUUGGCAGCAAGUGGCUUCUCGAGAACAAGUACCCGCCAAAAUAG